UGGUUUACGGUAAAGGUUUAUACGUUCAGCUCGCGCUCACUUCUAUCAGACGAGGAGCGAUAGAAGAAUAAUAAUGUCGCUUCAUAACUUCUCUAAAGAAGCGCUUAUAGGCUCAGCGACGCUGGGAGUGAUUUUUAUAACGGGAUAUUAUGUCGGCAAACGCAAGUCUAAACGGUUCAGAAUGUCGUCGGGUAAAAGUCACGUGGGAAGGAAAGACGACCCAGUGAUGCAGUACCUGCUCAAUCACUCUCUGAGGGAACAUCCAGCCCUCAAAAAACUACGUCAGAAAACCAUGGAGCACGAGCUGAGCAUGAUCAUGGUGGCCUGCGAGCAGUCCCAGCUCAUGGCCAAUCUAGCCAGUCUAAUCAAGGCCAGGAAAGCCAUUGAAAUCGGUGUUUAUACGGGGUAUAACGCGCUGAGCAUCGCCCUGGCCCUGCCGGACGACGGCAAAGUGAUCGCGUGCGACGUCAGCGAGGAGUACAUCAACAUCGGCAGACCUUUCUGGAAACUGGCCUCCGUCGAGCACAAAAUAGACGUGCGUGUGAAGCCAGCGCUGCAAACUCUUGACGAGCUUCUGGCUGCUGGCGAAGCGGAGACGUUUGAUUUCGUCUUCAUUGAUGCCGACAAAGUCAACUACGACAACUACUAUGAGAAAUCCCUGCAGCUGGUCAGGAAAGGAGGAAUAAUCGCCAUCGAUAACGUGCUGUGGAGCGGUCGAGUGGUGAACCCAGAAGAAGGAGAUGUCGACUCCAUCAGCAUUGAUAAACUGAACAAGAAGCUCCAUCGAGACACCAGAAUCCAGCUGAGCAUGCUAACAGUAGGCGACGGUCUGACAUUAGCAUUCAAAAUCUGACUUUAUACUUGUGUACCACUGCGAAGAAGACAUUUGAAACCAUUUAUCAGCUAAGAGCGUGCUUUGUACCAAUUGAAAGUUUUGUAUUCGGUCGUUCACGGUGCCAGCUGUUGAUUGGUUUGUGAUAUGUAUUUGUGGUAUAAUUUUUUUCAAUAAACAAAGUGACAGCACUGAAAUAUUUUAAA